AUGUACGAUGACUUCAUCACCAAGAACGCACACCAAGUGUCACAAAUCGAGUCGACGUUACGAUCAUUAACCUACAUCAUCCCUGGCCGUUUCCGCGACGCCGAGAUUGCCUCCGAGUCCAUCCACAGCGGUGUGCAGCUGCUAUCCCUCUACCACGACACGCUACUCCGACGGGCGCACAAGCUCACGACGAAGGUACCGCUGCCGCCCUCGCUCUCACAGCCCGCGCCCACCCCACACGGCCGAUACACGCGCUUCUGGACCCUGAAGAGCACCCUCUACCGCCGCGUCGCCUACGCCCUGCAGAUCGUCCAUUAUGUCGAGCUGCUGUGCGAGAUGGCCGCCAAGCGCCGCGGCGAGCGCAUUCGCUGGCGCGUCAUCGUCCUACUCGAGGCCGCCAAGGCCCUGUGCCGCCUGCUGCUGAUGCGCAUCACACGGUCCCGCCCACUCGUCACCCCCAUUCUUCCCGAGCGGGAGCCGAUACCAGAGCAGCCCACAGAGGAGGAUGAGGUGGAGGCUGAGUUCAGGGCGCUGGAGGAAGAUGAUGAGGACAGGAGGAAUAGCACUGGGGAACUGGGCCAACGAAAGGGUCAGUUGGGUCCCAAUGGCGAGUGGACCAUGUCCCGCACCGGCAUGAGCCUCCCAUCUCUGCCCGCCCCAGGCGAUACGAGCGGGUACCUGCUUUCGCGGGUGUUGACCUCGGACGAUAUCAAGCCGGCAGCGACGUUGCUCAACAAACUGCAGGGCCGAGCCCAGGCCGCCGAGGUUUUGCAUAUCCUCGCGCCGCUCAUCUUUGCCGUGGCGCUGGCCCGGAGCAAGGACAAACGCAAGGCUUGGACACCGUGGCUGUUGGGCGUCGGCGCGGAGCUCGCCGCACGGCAGCUGAGGGAUCGCGGGCUGAGGACGACGCCGCUCGAGCGCGAGGAGUGGAACAGGCGCGGCUGGGCCAUGGGCUGGUGGGCGAUGCGCGGUGCCUUCUACGAGAACGUUACCAAGGGCAUGGUGGGGGGUGUUCGAAGCCGGAUGCCAGGGCUGCUUGCCGGUAUUUUGGAGGAUUACGAGUAUCUGUGGGAGAACUACCACUUCAGCACAAGUUCGUGA